AUGUUCAGAAUCAAGAUCCUUUAUAUAUAUGAGAUCCACAACUCCUCUUUCUACAACCAACAAUCAAGUCGACCAGUACAACAAUACAUGGGCAGCACAAUGGGGAAUAUACCAAGUUUUGCUGACGAGUGCACAGGGUUGAAGAAAACAUACGAUGACUGCUUCAACGAAUGGUACAGCGAGAAAUUCCUGAAGGGUAAAUCUGUGGAAAAUGAGUGUUCCAAACAAUGGUACGCCUACUCUACUUGUGUGGACGCUGCAUUGGUCAAGCAGGGAAUCAAACCUGCCCUGGAUGAAGCUAGAAAGGAAGCUCCCUUCGAGGAAGGGGGCGAGAUGCACUCUGAACAGCCUGCAGAUGCCAAGAAGUGA